CCGUGAGCCGAGCUGAGAUCGUGGUUCCGUCGGGCCGAAGCGGAGGACCGGUUGAAGGAGCCAUGGUGAAGUUCCAUAACUCGGACCUCUGGAUAGCCUGGACGCUCCUGGUCUGCACGGAGGUGUGCGUGCGGGCGCUGGACGUGACGGCGUCCCAGAGCAGCGUCCAGGUGGCCCGAGGCCAAGCGGCCGUCCUGCCCUGCUCCUUCACCACCAGCGCUGCCCUCAACAACCUGAACAUCAUCUGGAUGGUGAUACCGCUGUCCAACGCCAACCAGCCAGAGCAGGUGAUCAUUUACCAGGGCGGCCAGGUGUUCAGCUUCGCCAACCACCUCAACGGCCGCGUGGGCUUCCAGGGCACCAUGCCGAGCACAAGUGCCUCCAUCUUCAUCAACAACACCCAGCUGUCGGACACUGGGACCUACCAGUGCCUGGACAACCUCCCGGACAGAGGGGGGCGCAACAUCGGCGUCAUCGGGCUCACCGUGUUGGUGCCCCCCUCGGCGCCGGCGUGUCGAAUCCAGGGCGCGCUGGACGUGGGCAGUGACAUCAUGCUGAUGUGCAGCUCAGAGGAAGGUAUUCCCACGCCGUCCUACUCCUGGGAGAAGCUGGACGCGCUGCCCAAACUGCCGCACAACGCCAUGCAAGACCAGAUGCAGGGCACAGUGACCCUGAGAAACAUCAGCACCGGGACCUCAGGACUCUACCAGUGUACCUCCAGCAACGCUAUCGGCAAGAGCACCUGUCUGCUCAACCUGGAGGUGGUGGCACCCCAACCCCAAAGCGUGGGUCUGAUCGCAGGAACCAUCGCCACCGGGAUCUUGGCCGUCAUCAUCUGUUCCCUGUUAGUGGUGUUCACGCUCUUCUACUGGAAGAACAAGAACAAAUACGACGAGGAGGAGAUCCCCAACGAGAUCAGAGAGGACGACCUCCCCCCCAAGAGGUCGUCGUCGGUGAAAGCGUUCCACGCCGACGCCUCGUCCUCGGAGAACGACACGCUGACGUCCACCAACACCUACAACAGCCGCUACUGGCACAACCCCAAGCCCAGCUACGACACCAACUCCUACACGCGCUACAACGGGGACACGCGCCAGACCGUGUCCGCCGCCCACGGCCACGGACAGGCCCACAACGCGGGACACGGGCCCGCGGCGGCGGCGGUGGCGCCGGGCUCCGCUCCGCUGUCCCGCCACGCGCACCAGCCGCCGCCGCCGACGUCGUUCGCCAACGGCAGCCACACGCUGCCGCCGCCCAAGACUCUGGUGGUCACCACGAACUCGGCCCCGUCCCCGGCCGCCAUGGUGCGCAGCAACGGCUCCGUGGGCCUCAAGCCGGCGGCGGCGGCGGCGGCGUCCGCGCGCGGGCAGCACACGCACUCCUUCGCGGUGAGCCAGGCCACGCUGGAGCGCAUGGGCGCGGUGCCCGUCAUGGUGCCGGCCCAGAACAGAGCGGGCUCGCUGGUGUGAGAGCCCGACGGGACCCCGCCGGGCGGAGCGGCUACGGGCGGGGAGAGCGGCCCUUUGACCCCCCCCUCCCGCGCCCACGUCCCGGACGCUUUAACCUGGGGGGAACUAACUCGGACUGAACAGAAGUCCGUUCAAUGCAAAGUCCUGGGCGGAUUUGGCGUCCGUCGCUUGGAUGAAUUUGCAAAGCUGCAGAGAUGCUUCCUG